GAGAUGGGUUGCGGCUUGAACAAGUUAGAGAAACGGGAUGAGAAGCGGCCUGGGAAUAUUUAUUCAACGCUAAAGAGGCCCCAGGUGGAGACCAAGAUCGACGUGGCCUAUGAGUACCGCUUCCUGGAGUUCACCACCCUGAGUGCCGCGGAGCUGCCCCGGUCCUCGGCCGUGAGGCUGGCCUCCCUGCGGGACCUGCCCACCCAGCUCCAGGAGCUCUACCAGCAGGGCUUCUCGCUGGCCACCCUGCACCCCUUCGUGCAGCCCACCCAGGAAUGGGGGAGGACACCCCUGGAGCACAUCUUCAGGGCCAUCCUGGUCAGGAAGACCGAGAGGUCUCAGAAAGCUGACCCUCCCAGCGAAGGGUACAUCUUGGAGUUAGAUUGCUGUUCCUCCCCAGGCCCCCUGACAGAGCAGAAGGUCAUCCCAGAGUUCAUCAAGAAGGACGAAGGUGAGAUGUUUCUAGGCACACCACUGGCCUGGUGUUUGGAUAUGUGGCGUGGCCACAUCCGCUGUGAGUGCACCCGUGUUUACCAGGAGCUGGGGCUCUGUCUGCAGCCUUGGGGCGAGGUGCCAGAUGUGUCCCUCAGAACUUCAGAGGGAGCUCUGAUGAUCCAGGAGGCCGCCAGCCAAGGCCUGAAGUUCGUUGGGGUCAUUCCCCAGUACCGCUCCCCUGGGAACUUGACCGGUGGCCCUCGGACGCCCACUGCCAACAGUGCCUCGGACCCGAGAGAUGUGAGCGACACUCCUGGCCUUUGUGGGGACAGCACCACGAGGGGUCCCCAGAGCCCAGGGCCUGUGGAAGUGGACAGCACGCAGACAGGGACGGACAAAGGACCAGAGCCCGAGCAGGAUCCCCAAGGGUGUGCUCCGGCCGCCGAGCAGCCUGACCUGUCCUCGGAGGGAGACGGUGACGGAUGCUUAUCCCCUCAGAUGAGUGCGGCCCUGGAUGGCCGGGACGGCGGCCCACCGGACGGAUGUGACACGUCACUCUUGUCGGGCCUGGAGCUCUUCACGCUGUUCAACAAGCCCAGGAACCAGCAGAGGUGUCGCCAGUACUACCCCGUCACCAUCCCUCUGCGGGUGUCCAGGACCGGUCAGUCUGUGAGCAGCGUGGACGCCAACUGGCUGGAGCACAUGAGUGACCACUUCCGGAAAGGGGGCGUGCUGGUCAACGUGGUCUCCCACCUCAGCAUGGUCAACGAUUCCAUCCACGGCCUGACAGAUGGAGUCUUCAUCUUCGAAGCCGUGUCCACUGAGGACAACAAGACCGUGCAGGGUUAUGAUGCCAUUGUGGUGGAGCAGUGGACAGUCCUGGAGGGCACCGAGGUGCAGACUGACUACGUGCCCCUGCUGAACUCACUGGCCGCCUAUGGCUGGCAGCUCACCUGUGUCCUCCCGACCCCCGUCGUCAGGACGACCAGGGAGGGGAACGUGUCCACCAAGCAGAUUGUAUUUCUCCAGAGACCGUGUCUGCCUCAGAAACUGAAGAAGAAGGAGUCAAAGUUCCAGUGGCGAUUCUCCCGAGAGGAGCUACGUAGCAGGAGGCUGAGGAAGUCCAGAGGCCGGUCCAGUGCUGGAGGCCGACGCCGCGCGGAGGAGACCGAGAAGGGCUUGGAGGACCCGCUUCCCAAGCCUGGGGGUGGGGACCAGCGCCCGGGAGCUGAUGGGGAGCAGGUUGGGGGCCAUGUCCCCGAGAGCAGGGUGGACAAGCCAGGUCCUGAGGGUGGGCUGGCAGGGGGCACCGUGCACAAUGGCCCGGCCACCCUCAGCAGGGACCCCGGCAGGGCGGAGACACGCCGGCCCUGCCGCCUCGGGCCCUGCCUGGUGACUUUCAACACCUGGGGAGUCCUGGCCACCUUUCACCUAAACCCUCAGACCCUGCCAUUCGGCCGAGAGUGCCUGGGAGGAGGUGCCCGCCUCCCACAGGUGCUGGAUGCGCUGCUCUCGCAGAGGGCCGAGGACAAAGUCUCAGUAUCCAUGCCAAAAAUUUGGCUGAGGCCAGGCUGGCACACGGGCCUGGAGGAGCCAGAGCCAUUGCUUGGGAUCACACCGGGCUGCAGGGCCCGCGUGCUGGUGGACGGAGGGCCCAUGUCCUCACACCGGGCUGCAGGGCCCGUGUCCUCACACCGGGCUGCAGGGCCCAUGUGCUGGUGGACGGAGGGCCCGUGUGCUGGUGACAGAGGGACUGUGUCCUCACACCGGGCUGCAGGGCCCACGUGCUGGUGGACGGAAGGCCUGUGA